AUGGAGCGAAUGAGAACAUUGGAAAGAGUGGUGGAGACGAGGAUCGAUAUGCUCGAAUUCGAAAAGGCCGACGAGAUUCACGAGGAUUGUGCCUGUUGUCGAUCACUCGAUUGCGAUAUCAUCUUUGCUCUCUUGUUCACCCUUGUCAUCGCUUGUUUACUCGUGUUGAUCAUGGUUUUUUGGUUGAAAGGAGUGCUAGCAUACGAGGAUGUGUAUACACGUUUAUCGCGGGACCGGGCCGGCGCUGUUGAUAACUGUGAUGUCGAAUAUGUGGAUAUUUAUUCCGAGCUCGAACGUGCUGAACCGGUUGAUUUACUCUCGGCGACAUUAUCCGGCAGAUAUUGUGGCACCGUUUCACCGCAUAUUCGAAUUAGCCUUCACGAUGUGCUUGUUUUGGUCUUCCACUCGCGCGCCGGUGACCCGUCAUCUCGAGAUUUUCGCUUUCGUGGCCGCUACUCGUUCAUCGACGAGAAAGAAUUCAUCCCGGGAGAGCCGAUUCCUGGACAACGCUGUGGCUACGUGAUCGAGCCGAGUCGUUAUUCGGCGCAAAAGAAAAUCGGGCACAUUCAAUCGGCAACUUAUCCUGGAGCGUAUCCACGGAAUUUCCAUUGCGCCUAUCACUUGAGGGGACGCCGAGGGGAAAGAAUCCGACUCUAUCUACAAGAUUUCGACCUUUGCUUUGGAGGGGAACAUUGUCCUUACGAUACGGUGAUGAUUUUCGACGGCCCAACCACCGCUUCACCGAUUAUUAAAAAGUAUUGCGGCUUGCAACUCCGCGAAGAGGUCUUCUCGGUCAGCUCCGAGUUGCUCAUUCAUUUCAACACAUCGGCUGCAAGUAAAGGCGAUCCUAGGGGCUUUCUGAUCGAUUACGAGAUCUCCUCACGAUUUGUUGACGUCACUCAGCUGCUUGGUGGAGAGAAAGGAGUCAGCCACGUGCGAGGUAGCGAAUGCGAUGUGAGAGUCGAAUCGCACAAAGAGUCUCGACACGCCAUUCACAGUCCACGGUACCCGGAUAAAUACCCCUCAAACACGACAUGCACUUAUAUUCUCGACGGACUGCAGGGAGAGCAAAAUUUGGAGAAAGCCAUUCUCACUUUUGACACCCUGGCCGUAAUCUCGGAUGCACAAGAGAGCAAUCCGUUGAUCCCACAAACGUCAUCAGGCGGAAAUGAAGAAGUUCAAUGUCCACAUGCUUGGGUCGGACUUGCAUUGAGUGAUACGAAUAUCCGGGCGACGAUGAGUAACCCGGAUGAGAGUAAUUUCGAUCACACGCUUUGUGAACGCUUCGCAAAAGAUUCGGCCGCACUUGGUCCCUACGAAUCAGAAGGGGCACGAAUGGUGGUACAAUUCGGCACUGGUGCUCAUACACCAACUGAUGGAAUUCGACCACUCGGAUUCAAAGCACAUGUUCAUUUCAAAACAGACUUUGGUGUCCCGGGAGAGCCGAUGGGUGACUCGAAUGAAUGCAAAUUUCGUUUCACUCAGCCAAAGGGUUUCUUCAACAGUCCUAGAUAUCCGACAAAUUAUCCAUUGGACACAAAAUGCACCUUUUUAAUUGUUGGCGAGAAAGGCGAUGUGGUGUUGAUCUAUUUUGAGCAUUUCUCUUUAUACGAUGGUGACCUUGAGGACAAAUGCAAGGAUUGGAUCGAGAUCUAUGAUGUCUUUCGACUUUCGAAUGGCUCUGAGAAGCUCUCUGCACCGGCCAAGUACUGCUCCGGCACGCAUCCCGGUCCCCGGAGAUCCGCUCCCGGAGCUCAUGAGAUGAGAAUCGUUUUCAGCUCCGACUCGUAUGGUUCCAAUAAUGGCUUUAAAGCGCUGUACGAGAUUCGAAAAAGGGAAUCCCUGACAUCAAUGGCCUCGAUGAAUGCUGACGAUCCAGCGAGUUGUGGCCAGUUGAAAAUCGAGGCGAAUGCUGAGAAUCCAGCUGGUUUCAUUCGUUCACCGGGUUUCGGAGUGAAAUACCCACAAGAUGUACAUUGUGAAUGGAAUAUCACAGCCAGACCGGGAAAUCAUCUUUUACUCUACCUUGUCGACAUGCAAGUUGAGGGAUCGAUGGCUGAUGCGAAUACACCAUCUUGUGCAAAAGCGGUGAUCAGAGUGGCCACUGCGACGCAAAAAUACGAGUUCUGCGGCACUGUGGCCACGAUAAUCUCGCCGAUCAUUACAUCGAAUAAUUCGGUGCAAAUCACUUUCCUGACCGCUCCAGAUAAGGUAAACGGGUUGACCGGCUUCAAUCUAUCGUGGACUGAAGUGAGACCAGCUGAAGAAGAAACCUGUCAGGGAGAUGAUGUCUAUUUGUGUACCUAUUCUCGAUUGUGUAUCUCGUCAAAACUUCGUUGUAAUGGAGCGUACAAUUGUCGAAUGGCCACCGAACCCGAUGAGACUGACGAGAAUCAUUGCGAACUUGACGAGGGUUCUGCUGAUCGAACACUCCUUUUGGCGAUCGUUGUAAGCGGUGUAAUCUUCACAUUCAUCGCCUCUUUCUUCUGUUAUCUUUUCAAAUCGAAGUUGGCAAAGAAGAAGAAGGGAAACGCCAUUCCGCCAGCAGCCCGUCUUCGACAAAGACAUCCAGCCGGCAAAGCCCCAAGGACACUUAAAACAGAAAGAAGUGUUGAUUCAGGAAUGGGUGGCAGUGCCGCUUCUCGAUUCGCUCAUCAUGAUGCAACUGGUCUUCAUCCACCACUGCUCACCCCGUUUGAGAUGAAUAACACUGGAGGCACGACUCGCGGCGGCGAAAACUCUGAAGCUUUCCACACGUUUUACGGA